GUCUCAUUUAAUCUUUGGUACUGGUGAGCAGCUAUCCAUAUCAUUGCGGGGGAAAGACACAACUUUGCAGGAGGCUACAACAGCGGCAGAUUUAGCAGUAUGUCAUCUUGAACGGCUGAGGACUGAUGAGAAGUUUCAUUCGUUUUAUGAGGAUGUAGUCAAAUGCUCAAAGAAUCUCACAGCACCACCUUGCCUCCCAAGAUACAGGCGUCCACCACAAAGACUGAAUGAGGCAUGCUUAACUAGCCAUGAAUUUUCUUCCUCUGAAUGUUAUUUCAAGCAGCAGUAUUUUGAAGUGUUAGAUUUGCUGGUUAAUGAACUCAAACGACGGUUCCAGCAGAAGAGAGGUAUGCCUGUGGCAGCUACUAUUGAGAAGCUACUAUUAGAUGCAGUAAAUGGUACGUACACCAAGGACGGUACUGCUUUACCAGAAGAAAUACAACUCUACAAAGAUGACCUUGAUUUAUCUCGACUGAAAUACCAGCUAUCAAUGCUUCCAGAUGUUGUCCAAGUCAGAAAUCGAAAGCUUGAAAACAAUCCACCAAUUACAGAAGUGACAAAUGUAAGAACAAUAUGUUCUAUCAUGGCUGAUAUUUCUCUCUGUAAGGAGAUGCUUUCAGAAGUUGUUCACUUGAUUAAACUUUUCUACACUAUUCCUGUCACCACCUCUACUGCUGAGAGAACAUUUUCAGCACUUAGGAGAUUGAAGACAUAUCUGAGCAGUGGCGUAGCCAGGCAUCUAUUUUACCGGGCAUAUGCCCGGGCAACUUUUUGCUUUGCCCGCGUAUUUUAGGUGACAUAAAUUCAAGUUCAACGCAUUUCUAUAAACAGUCGGGAACACCGUGAUAGAGGAGUCCCGCCCACGGAACUGUCCCGGAUGCCGACUAAUAUCAAUUCUCAGCGUCUGAUUCGUUGAAUUCGCUCAAUGCAGGAGAAGAUGGAUGCGUCAGAGUCUAACGCUAAGCGUAGAAAGCGAAAGCGACAUACUGUGACUCUGAAUGACUUUUGGGGACCCAAAAGAAUUGAAAACGGUGACAAAACGGGCGAUUCAGACGAUAUGCCUAACAAAAUUCAGCAAGCCAUACCUGAAAGCGCUGAGUCUGCCUACGAAGCCCCGGAUGAUUCUGGUUCUGGAGAAGACAUGGCAAAUACCGAGCCUGGUAAUGCUAGGAGUACUGUGUGUUCAACAUCUUUGGAGAUCAUAUCAAAGUUGGACAUUUCCACGAGGUUUCAGAGCGGCCCUUCCCAACCGGUCUGUCAGUUUCCUUCUAAAAAUUUUGGAAAGGGAAAACACUCAUGUAGAAGAUCGUUUGUUGCCACCUGGUACACAACAUAUCCAUGGUUGGAAUACUCGAUAAAAUUUGACCGAGCCUACUGCUUUGCCUGUCGUCAUUACUGCCUUGGCAGUGCAAGCGGCCGUGCCGACACAGCGUUUACCAGUAUAGGUUUCGGCGACUGGAAGCAUGGUACUGGUAAUAAAGGAGCAUUUCUGAUCCAUGCCAGUUCGGCACAUCACAGGAAUGCUAUGGCAGAAUGGCAUGAGCGGCGACUGGAUGACUGUAACAGCCAGCGUCGACGAGUUGAAGACCUCUUUGCAGAAGAAGAUGAACGCGUUGUUCUUUCUAACAGACACUAUUUAAAAUGUCUGGCGGAGGUUAUCCUCUUGUGUGCUAAACAGAAUCUUGCACUUCGUGGGCACGAUGAAUCGGAGGAGUCAUCGAAUCCAGGCAAUUUUUUGGCUGUAUUUGAGCUUCUUGCAAGGCAUGAUCACGAAUUGUUCAAACGAAUUGAAACGCUCCCCGGUAACGUAAGUUAUAAGUCUCCAGAGAUUCAAAACGCUUUGAUCCAGUUGAUGGCUGAUAUGGUACGAGAGAAAAUAUGCAGUGAAGUACAAAGGAGUGGCUAUUUUUGUCUUAUUUGCGACGAAAGUAAAGAUGUAGCAAAGAAUGAACAGCUUGCAGUUGUUCUGCGCUAUGUUCUAGACGGGACUGUUCAUGAGCGGUUUAUAUCUUUCACACCUCUUGGCAACCUUGCAGCAGACGGGAUAGCAGAGGAGAUCUGUCCAGUGUUGACAAGGAACAAACUUACCUUGCAGAACUGCAUUGCUCAAACCUACGAUGGUGCUAGUGUCAUGAGCGGAAAGCACACCGGCGUUCAGAAGAGAAUCAGAGACAUUGCUCCGAAAGCCGUCUACACGCAUUGCUACGCACAUAGGCUGAACCUUGUUGUCGUUGAUUCUGUAAAGUCCGUCUCCUCGGCGAGUGUGUUCUUUGACGUCCUUCAGAGGCUGUACGUCUUUGUUUCAUCUUCUGCUGUUCACCCAAUUUUCUUAGAAGCUCAAAAACGUCACUAUCCGCAACGUUGUGAGAGCGUCACGCUGAAGAGACUUUCAGACACACGAUGGACCUGUCGAAUAGACUCUAUACGAGCAAUGCUUAAAUCCUUUACAGCAGUAGUCGAUGCCUUAUCCUCUUUGACAAAUGCUAGCAACAGCGAAAGAGCCAUUUUAGCUGCAGGUCUAUUGUCACGAGUGAAAUCGUUAGAGUUUACCUCAAACUUGGUUAUUUUCGAAAAGCUGCUGACUAUUACAAAAAAUCUGUCCGAUCAGUUGCAAGCUGAAGAUUUAGAUCUGUCUGGAGCCGUUGAUUUGUUAGAGACUGUGAUAGAGCAAUUGGUGGAGACCAGGGAAUCCGGGUGGGACGAUACAUGGCAGCAAAUUCUUCACUUGGCACAAACCUGCAGCGUUAAUAUGGAUGUUUCUGAUGGAUCACGCAGUCGUGGUGAUCCUGGACUUGUUACCGGUCGUCGCACUCGGAAACAAAAGGAAAUUACUGAUUGCGUUUUAACAGAGACUACUGGGCAGCGAUUAACUGAUUAUUUCACCAACGAUCAAGAUCCCCUGGAUGACGUGGCAAGAACGAAAAUUCAUUUACGACGAAAGCUUUUCUUACCGGUGAUAGACCAAAUGCUGCAGGAACUGGAAUCAAGAUUCAGCAACGAUGGACGAUCCCUUAUGAAGUCAAUUCAGGCUUGUAGUCCACAGUCCCGAAACUUCCUUCAAGCAGACGCCAUUAAUGCCUUAGUGGUACAUUACGACAUAAACCGUGAGGAAAUUGGUUAUGAAACUCAUCAGGCAAGAAAAUUUCUUAAUGCAUCUAUGUGUGAAAUGAAGUCUAUCGCCGACGUCAUUAGAGUUCUUACGCCGGUCAAAGCAGCUUUUCCGCAUCUUAUAUCUGCCUUGCAGAUAGCGUUGACUGUUGGGGUGACAUCUGCCUCAUGUGAGAGAACUUUCUCUAGUUUGAAGAGGCUGAAGACUUACACGAGACAAUCGAUGCUGCAAAGCCGAAUGAACAGUCUAGCGAUUUUGACCAUAGAGAAAGAUGUAGUUGAAACGUUAGAUUUAGAGAGGGUAGUUACGAAAUUUGCAAGUUUAGAAUUUGGAAGAUGCCGAAGAUUAAGUCUAGUUAGCAAAAGCACAAAAUUUUAGUGCUCUAUAGAACAGCUUGUAUUCUAACUGAGCUAAUUAUGAGUACAUGAUUAGGUUUUGUUCGA